AUGGCCUUCACCUUGGACUAUACGGUUUACAACUUUCAGAUUGCGUAUAACGAGAAGCGAUGGUUCAUUCAAAAGAGAUAUAGCCAAUUUGACAAACUAGACAACGUGUUGAACGAGAAAUUCCCCGACGUGAUGAUCAGUGUUCAGCGGCUGCCUCCUAAGAAACCAUUUGGAAGUCUUAGCCCAGCUCUCAUUGCUAUGAGGCAGAAAAGCCUCGACGCCUACCUGCAAGCCAUCCUGAUUCGUCCGGUUCUUGUCAGGAGCGAGGAAGUCAGGGACUUUAUCGAUAUGCCCUACGACGUCAGAGAACUGUAUGGCGAAGAACAGAGACAUCUCAUUGCAGCACAGGAUGCGCUUCGUUGA